AUGCAGAUCUCCAGCGAUCUGAGUUCUUUGGAUCCAAAGAUGCCAUUCAUUGGAUUCCCAUUCCAGCACUGUGUUCAAAUGGAGUCUAAACCCCGGGGACCCGACGCUGAUGAGGUGGCCAGAGAUCCCGGUGCUCUCACAUCGCACCCCAGCUAUACGGACAAGGAUUUCGAAGGCCAUAGGGCGCUGACCGUCUACUGCACAGAGCCCAACCAAUCACAAGCCAUAGAAGUGAUCAAAACACGAGUGGUUGACAACCAGGUGAAGCCAGUCGUGAAAAGGGUGACUAAAGUACCCAAUUAUCUGCCAAAAGAGCUCCGAAUGAGUGAUGGGAGUGAUAGGAGUGACCCAUUUCUGGUGCUAAGACCGGGUGACGCCUGCGUUCAGUCGGGAAUAACAGUGCAGUUCUGUUGUCGGGGCCGGGGAUCCAAACCCCUACUGUUUUCGUGGUUCAAAAACGACACGAUUUUGAAAUCAGACGAAAAUUUUCACAUUUUUCAGAGCGGAGAAGAGCUUAAUAUCCUCGAGAUAGUCAACACCGGCGCCCAAUACACCGACCAAUACUCCUGUGUUGUCUACAAUCGGUUUGGCUAUCAGUGGUGUGACUUCACUCUUGAAGUGAAAAACACCAGCUUUUUGUCCAAUAAUAAAAUGCCGAUUAAGAAGACAAACGUCAGACGAGACGACACGGACGCCAAGCUUGAGGCUUCAAAGGUGUCUGAGUGUGAAGUCUCUCCUAAAAUAACUACUAAUCCAAAGCAUGACAAACACAAAACUCGUCCGUUUGUUAUCCAACGGACUUGGGCUGAAAGAGUCGCUGAACUUAACUCGAAAGCACAGAGCAAUCAAAAUGAGACAAAUGUUGAGACGAACGGCCAUAACAGUGAUCCCGAAGAGGAGACAAACACAUCGGUGCCAACAGUCAUGUCGUGUACUAUCGCUGAAAGAGAGCACAAGAAGUGGGAAAACCCUGAUAUAGACCUCAAAGAUAAUCCGUAUUCUGCAGAGAAACUGAACUCAAGAAUACAACAAAAAGUUUUCAAUUUAGACUACGAGUCACCCAUUGAUAAGACCGAUGAUAAUGAGGACAAAGACGUGGAUUCCUCUUUCCUUUCGUCCCAUUCUAAAGAGUUAAGUCGUUAUCAAAGAGACUAUUAUGUGAGACAACAGCCCCUCAGUAAAGAGGAAACUCUUCGAUCAUUUGAUGAAAACGAAUAUUCAAACUCCAAAUAUUUUGGUGUCAAUCAAAUGCAACGAAAAUCAUCGGAAGAUAUGUCACAAAUGUCUGAGACAUCAAACGGCAAGAACUCAAAUGAGACGGAAAGCGAACUCUUUGUCUCGGAUUCCGAUUCAAUGCUGCCUUCAGUUAAAGAUCUCGUCAAUCGAUUCUCUUUCAAUGAACAACAAACCGAUAAAAUACCCAAAUUAGUCCAUAGUCUGACUGCGAGGAGUCUGACCAAAGAGUUUCGUCAGAUGUCUCAACUAAACCUUCCCAGAACUCAACGA